AUGAUUGUAGAAUUGUACGUCAGAAUGUUUUACGUAUUAGUACUGUGCCCGGUUUUACUCGCAUCUGCGGUGCUGACGCUCACCGUCGAUUCUCAACUUGGAACAUCUGUGGAAGAUUGUUUUGACCGAAUAUCGAUCGGAGAGCAGUUACCACGUGACGCCAUCUAUCGGAACGUCACGGAACUAACAAUAGUUGAGUGUGAGCAAAUAUGUAAGCAAGAUAAACAGUGUCAAGCAUAUGUUUAUGGGGUUGGCGCCAAAGGCAAUGCUACGUGCGAAUUAAGUAACUUAAGCGAAAACGAAAUUAAAGAAAAGAAUCUAUUCCAAAAAAAUCCAGAUUAUGACGUAUACGUACGAAGAUUUGAUUGCGAACAGUCACCCCCAACACCGAUCGAACAACCAUUUGAUAAUAGUAAUGAAAAUGGACCACAACACAAGCCAGUCAUCCGUCCAAAUAACGAUGAAGCCAAAAGACCAAUGGCUGAUGACCUUAAUCCUUACGAAUCGAGUAGACCCCAACCUUCCUAUGCAUCAAAUACACCAUAUAGACCAAGCUAUAAUCAAGUCAACAACGAAAGACCUGAUGAUUACGGAGCAUAUAAACCAGACAAUGAUAGACCACCAAGUUAUGGAGAUCAUAAGCCCCAUGAAGCACCAUACAGACCGGAAAGACCAUACAGGAAUGCAAGUAGACCGGACCCUUAUGACCAGCUCUAUUUUCAAGAUCCUCAUAAAAAACCACGUCCCGGUCUAUGGAGACCAGACCCUUAUCAUCCUAUCCUACCUGGCGAUGAGAUUCAAGAUAUAUAUGGAUCAGAGCCGUCUAGACCACAACGUCCAGAUUAUAUAACAGAAAAACCUCAGUAUCAGUAUAUUAUAAGACCUAAUAGAAAACCAUAUACCAAACCAGAAGACCAAGGGUAUUACAAUCAUGCAAAGCCUGAAUAUGGUUCCGCACAUCUUAAUAGUCCAGCAGGACCCCCAGAAAGACCCUACAAGCCUACAAGGCCCAAUGAUAAACCCAGUUACAGUUAUACUGAUCAGUACGCCAGUAAUUACGGCACAUCACCAGAUAACUCCAUUUACUUAGAAAUAUAUGACCCACCACGACCAUAUAGACCUAGUAAAAAUGAAAGACCGUAUUAUGGAGCUGGAAGUUCUGGUCAAAAAUAUGGUCAAAAUUACGGAUACAACAGUUUUUCAAAUCAAGAUACGUAUUCUCAAAGUCAAUUACAAUACGGCUCUAAUUCUUGGAAUUAUGACACUCAAAGACCUCAAAAACCUAGUUACGGAAGUUUGUCCAAUCAAAAUGACGAUAUCGGCUACGGAUCCAGACCCCCAUAUAAGCCGAAACCUUCAUACAGUUCGCAUAGUCACUUGAGUCAAAGUUCUUAUAAUCAAGCGUUGUACGACGAAAUGUAUGCCAUCAAUCAACAGUACUAUAAUCAUGGACAUGGAAGUGGUUAUGGCGCUCAAGUCUCAAGUACAUAUGGUGGGAGUCAAAGUCAAUACGCACAACAAGAAUCGCAUUCAAGCAGUCAAUAUGGAAAUUCCCAAAGUGGAUAUGGUACCCAGAUUACUGACCACAAUAAUAGACCGUCAAAUCAAUAUGGUCAAAGCGGUAACAGAAAUCCACCUUCAAGUAAUUAUGGUGGUCAAUCUAACCAACAACAAGAAUCCAAUUACGGUGAUAAAAACCAGUUAACGAAUACACAAAGCGGUUAUGGCAAUCAAGGUACAAAUAAUUAUGGCAGUCAGUCUAACCAGUAUGGAUCAAAUCAAGAUUCACAAAGUGAUAAAUAUUCUACGACUCAAAGUGGUUAUGGCAAUCAAGGUACAAGUAAUUAUGGGAGCCAGUCUAACAAGUAUGGAUCAAAUCAAGAUUCACAGAGUAAUAAAUAUUCGACGACUCAAAGUGGUUAUGGCAACCAAGGUUCAAGUAAUUAUGGCAGUCAGUCUAACCAGUACGGCGCUAACGAAGAUUCACAGAGUAAUAAAUAUUCUACGACUCAAAGCGGUUAUGGCAACGAAGGUACAAAUAAUUAUGGCAGUCAGUCUAACCACUAUGGAUCAAAUCAAGAUUCACAAAGUAAUAAAUAUUCUACUUCUCAAAGUGGUUAUGGCAACCAAGAAAUUAGUGGUUAUGGAGAGCAGACAAACAAAUACGGGUCGCAUCAAGAUUCUCAUAACAAUAAAAUUCCUAUCCCUCAAAAUGGGUAUGACAAUCAAGCUCCUAGCACAAAUUCACAGAGCAACAAAUAUGGUAAUAACCAAAGUUACGGCAAUCAAGCGUCAAACACCUACGAUCAGCAAUAUGGCUCCCAUCAAGGUUCACAAAACAACCAAUAUAAUACCCAAGGUGGUUACAGUAAUCAAGUUAAUAACUAUGGCGAAAGUCAAUACAAUUUGGACUAUAGCAAUUACCACGGAAGUCAUCUUGGUUAUGGAAUCCAUCAUCUAUAUGGUAUAAAACCUGGUAGUUAUGGAAACGAACCAAAUGAUUAUAAGCCCGUUAUAACCAAUAAUGACCCAUACGACAAUCGAAAACCAAAUAGACCACAUAACGAUAAACCAAUAUAUGAUUUACAAGCACAUGGAUAUGGAAACCGUGAUAAAGAUUAUCAGAAACCGGAUCCUAUCCCCGGUUAUAAUAAAGAAAGACCGGAUAUAAAACCGGGUUAUGAACACGGAAUAGAUAAACCUGCUCCUGGUUACAACGUGGGACCAAGUGGAGAUAGAGUUACAUCACGACCAGUUGCUGUUGGACAAUACGGAAGAGAUCCAGGGAAGGAUAUUUCAUAUGAAGCGUGCUUCAGACGCGUGCUAGCCGGUAAGAGAGCUCUCCGUAGUCAUGUACGGAGAGUCGUGGACUGCGAGAGACUAGAGGACUGCAGGAGGGAAUGCGCCACGGAGAGAAGGUUUCAUUGUGAGAGUUUUAAUUAUAGAUUGGAUCCCAGUUUCCGUGGCAGAGGGUUAUGCGAGCUGAUGACGAAACCAAUCGAAGCGUUCGACAUCCGUCAAGAUUUUGUAGAAGACAAAGACUACGACUUCUACGAACUAGACCGAAAUAGCCUUGAACCAUAUUGUCCUGAAACUCUUAGAGGGCCAAGCCUCCUCCACUCAGGCUACCUUUCCUCGAAGCCGGCAAAAGUACCAGGGCAACAGAACCAGUGGAGAGAUAGAAUGGAUUGGGCCGAAGGUUACAAAAGUUAUAAUAGGUUCUACGACGAGAAAAGAAUUCAAAGCUAUAAUAGACGCUACGAAGAUCAAUUUUAUGUUCCGUACCAAAUUGGUAUAAGUAGAACUAAUGACGAUCAACAGAAUUUUGGCCAGUACGGUGGUUAUUACGGAGGCUAUGACAGCUACUAUAAAGAUAGAAACGAUUACCAUAAAUCAAUAAAUCAUUGGCGCCUGUCCGACGAAAAGAAACACAACGAAUACCAAGGCGUUCGACAUCACAAUGAAGACAAGGACUUCGAUUACUAUAGUCUCAGGAAAAAGAGCGGAUGGGAAGACUACGGCUAUGGAUAUGGAUCUUGGAAGAGAGGGAAGUGGAAUAAUUCUGGAAGCUUCUGGAAAGAUUUCGAUGGUUCUUUAAAUAACUAUCAUAAUAAAGCAACUUAUUUUGAACCAGAAGCAAGAAGUGACGAAUCGAGUAAAGACUGUUCGUCCCGUCGCCGUCCAGGCAUGUCUCUGGGAUCUGGUGCUAUCAGACGAUCACUUCUUGCGCACACGGUGGUCGAGUGUGAGGCAGCAUGCUUCAACGAGAGAGAAUUCAAAUGUGUCUCAUACAGCUACAAAUAUUCCAGUUCUCCAGGAUCUGACAAUUGUUUCCUAAGCGAACGUCCGUACCGAGGCUUGGAGAUGUCAGCAGACAGCGACUCUGAUGUUUACGCUAUGCCUUUACACCAAGACUGCCUCACUGUCAGUACGAAACCUUGGGUGGAAAGUGAAUGUUUCUGGCACGUAAGAUCUGGAUCAGCUGUGAAUGGUAAAGCGGUGAGAGCUGCUCUAACGGUCGCGGGGCUCGGUGCUUGUGAGGCCGAGUGUAUCCGAGCUCAUAGCUUCUUCUGCAGAGGAUUCAGUUUCAGAUUUGAUGCACCGACGAUAGGAGAUGACCUUGAAAAUUGUCUCCUAACAUCCUCUCCCCCUACUUCCCUAGAUUUAGGUCACGGCUUGAGGCCGAGCAAACACGAGCUAUAUUCUAGAGGUAAUUACGGAAGAGGAUGCGAACCAGCUCUUUAUGAUGACGUGAAACGGGAACCACAAUGCUAUCUGCAAUACGACAGCGCGGCGAAGCUGUCGGCGAGUGCGGCGCGCGGCGCCGCGCGCGCGGCGGACGAGCGCGCGUGCGGCCGCGCGUGCACGGACGCGCCCUUCCGGUGCCUCAGCUUCUCCUACAGUAACAACGCAUUACCAGACGAUAAUAACUGCUUGCUAUCGGAGAUCCGUAUGUUCGAUCUGCAAAGAGGAGUCGACUAUAAGCAUUCACCUGACGACCUUCUGUUUGCUUUUGAUCUGUUCAACGGCCAGUGCUGGAGGAAAGUGCAUGGCAAGGAGGAGUACGACGUACCAACAUUAGAGUUGCCUCAUCCGAUAGAAGCAUCUUACCCAGGAACAGCGUCUGGACCAGACCUACCCCCACCAGAAACCUAUAUCUCAAGUUCUGGUCCAAGUGGACCUGGUUUUCCAGAACCACCAAAACCGUAUAUACCAGAAACUGGUCCAGAUUAUAAGCCAGUUUACGAGACAACUGGACCUACUAAACCAUUUUUACAUGAUACAUACAAACCAAGCUACUUACCAGAAAGCGGGCCAGAUGUGUCUGGUCCAAGUGGACCAAGUAUACCUAGUGGACCUAGCUUACCGAGUGGACCGAGUGGGCCUAGCGGACCUCCUAAACCUCAUUACGAUUUCAUCGAACCUGGCGUCAAACCAAGUUACUUAAGACCUUACAAACCAGAAAUAUAUAAGCCUUAUAAGCCAGAUUUUCCUGAUCGUAAGCCAAGUUAUCUCAAUGAUCCAAGUGGACCAAGCUACAAGCCUCCAUAUGGUGCAACAGGACAUACAUCAGGUCAAGACUUUGGAUACAGACCAGGAAGACCUUCAAGGCCUAGCAAUCAAGUUGAUGAAUCUUUAUCACUGUCGUGGCGUCACUAUACCGUAUCAGGAUUCCCCUGUAGGAAGGGAACGUCGUGCGAGCAAAACCUCAUUGCGGGGCACUGGGCUUGUGAGCCUGAAGCUGGAGAAAUUGGAUCGUGGGAUUACUGCUGUGCUCCGACCCAUCGGUGCGGGUACAGCGAAGGUUUCCGUAAACCAUGGUGCUAUGUAGGUCCAACCCAUGAUCAAUGGCGACCGUGCAGUGAGAAGUACUAUCCUUACCAUCAACAUAAGGGACCACAUCCAUCACAGGGGCAAAGAGAAGCAGUACAUCCCCGACCAGACAGACCAAUUCAGCAAGAAGACAGAGAUAGAAUAUCUUCUAAGCCAAAUUACAACAAACCAGACGGAGACAGACAUCACGGCACAUAUCUACCAGAAGCAGAUAGAAGAUACUGGGACGAUCUAUACAGAAACGGGCCGCAAGCGUAUUAUGACAAAUACGGGAAUCCAUUACCAGGCUACACCCGCGUACCAACAGAAGAUAGACCACACAUAAAGUACCAGCGUAAUCCACCACGUCCCGGUUCAAAUUACUGGGUCCCCGUUAAUUCGCCUGAUGAUGAACCAAACACUGGAGGACUUGGAGUGCCGAGAUACUGGCCGGUAGCUUAUUUACACAAAGGUCCACCACCUAAUAUGACAUACUUUAGAUACAACGAAACAGCUCCCGAAAGACACAACGCACCACCAUCUCGUAAUCAAUCGGAUUUUAAACGUGUAAAUCUAGAUAGACCUAUUAACAAUGACUUAGAAAGUAGAAGCGUAGACAGCAGCCCUAGAUCGGAAAAACGUAUAAAUAUAACUAACGACGAUGACGAUAUAUUUGAUCUAGCAAUUGAUAAAACAACAACAACUAUGAAACCGGAAGUUAAUGAAACUAUUCUUGAAACUGUAACGGAAGUAGAGGAGAAAAUAAAUAAAACAGAACUAUAUAAUAAACCUGAAAAUGCUAACAUAGAAGAAGAGGACGACUAUAUAAAAGGAAUCGAUGGAAAAUUACACGAUUUCACUCAUUCAAUAGAAGUGUUCGAUAUAGAUGACGUCAAAGGUGAUAAAAUAUCUGAUGUUAAAACUUUAGAAGCAGAAGAGAAACAAAUCGAAGCUAUUGGAAGGAUUAUCGCUUCUAGGCGCGGUGGAAAGCUCAUAAUAGAAAAGAGGUCGCAGAAAGAUCUAGAAUCAAAAAGCAUAGCGCUAGACAAAGACUUCGUCGAUUUUGAUUUUGGAAAUCGAUUCCCCACCUCAGAGAGAAGAGGUUUUGUGAGAAAAGUUACAAAAGACGAUAUUGAAAAGGAUAAAUUUUUAAAUGACAAAAGUUUAGAAGUUAGUGAAUCUACAUUCGUGAGACCCCCUAGAAUCCUGAGUACUACGGAAAAUGUACGAAAAACUGUUGUCAAUGGAAAGGUUUUUUAUGAUGCAACGAUAAAAGAUCAAAGAGAACUAUAUACAAACACAACACGACGAGGAAAAAGCCUACGAUUGGAAGAGAACAGGGCACCUGUGAUACCCAAUGGCAACAACAAGAAGAAAAGCGUGAGAACACGUAACACUAACCCGGUUAGACGAGUCCGAAGAGUUUACCGGAAGAAAUACAAUCCAGAGGAAGUGAGAAAGCGACUGUUAGAAAGAGAGAGAAAUAAAAAUGCCACAGAUAAUAUUAAAAGUUAAUUCAUUUUUCUAUUAAAAGCCUAAGCAUGACAAAUGAGCGCAUAUAAUAAUAUUUGUCUUAAUCAGUCAUGCCUAUAAAUGUUGUUUAAGAGGUGACUGGUUAAAGUAGUGUUGUCUUCGUCUUUCAAAUGUCAAAUCAAUGAUGUCCGAAAGAGAUAAAACAGUUAUCUAAGCACCCACUUAACGAUGUUUAUAACUAAGGGCGGAUAUUC